ACGCUUUGUCGGUCGUCAGUCGUCGGUGGUGGUGGUGGUUUUGGUCGUGGAUCGUUAGUCGGAUGAAUACAUUUUUAUGGUCAUUUGCCUUUUUCGGCGCAACAGGAUGGCACGGGACGCACCUUAAAAAUGCGCCAAAGUAUUCGAUGUGGCUUGGCUUAGUCUCUCUAACCUUUAAUUGGAAAAAUCCCAGGCAUAGCUGCCGCCUGACAUGGGACUCUAAAAUUGGCAACUCUCUAUGGGUCCGUGGAGUACGCAAAUAAUUAAGUUCGCCCUGGAGCCGUCGUACGUGGCUAAUUGCCAACAUCAUUGAAAAGAAACUAACAAAAACUCAAGACAAAUCCAACAAUAAAAACCGCGCUCAAAAUGUGUAAAUGUGUAACGUGUGGACGGCGCUCUUCCCCAAACAGCAAAAUUGUCAAUGGAAUUAACAAUUAAAUGAACAAAGUGACCAAGAAAGAAGAAAGAAGCAACAAAUAAAUAGCAAACAAUUUGCUGAGUGCACAAACAGGAGCAACAAGUACAGAGCUACAGCAAAAGUGAUAAGCCAUAGCUGAUCGGAUCUGAGAGAACUUUCAAAGAUGGCACUCAAAAGCUGGGCCACUAUUUUCUCUCUGCUGACAAGUGUCAUACUGCAGCGGCACAUAUGCUUGGCCAGCGAUGUUUACUUUCCCAGCACAUCCGUGAAAUUCAAUCUGCCCAUCAACGAGGAGUCGGAGAGCAUCUUCUCGAAGAUACCACUGGCCCAAUUCCAAGUGCUGCGCCUGGAGGAUAACCAACUGGCCAGCGACUACAUCUACAGCCUGGAGCAGAAUCCCUUGCUCCGCAUUAAUGCCAGCUCCGGCGAGGUCUACAUGCGCACCGACUAUCAGCUGCUGAAUUCGAGUGCCAAAUAUGUGGUGACGGCAUUUCCCAGGGAUCAACCCAGUGGCCAGCUCCUGCCCGUUUCGCACCUGACCAUGGAGGUGACGCCACAGGCGCUGGAGGAGUACUGCUCGGAGCUGGAGCACAUUUGCUUCUGGAGCAGCGCCCACUACAGCAUCUCCGAGUCGUCGCAGGGCCAGAGCAUGAGAACGUUCGAGCCCGUCCUGAUUGGUGCCCUCAACUCAAGGGCAGCCAAGUACCUGUGUCCGCACCGCACCCUGGAGUACUCGCUGACGGCGGGCACCUCCCACUUUGUACUCAAGCAGAAUCGUCUCUACACCAGGCACCCCCUCGACCACGAUGAACUGAAUGGCUUGAUGGCCCGUGCUGGCCAGCUGCAGGCAAGGAUCAGCUGCACCGUCAAGCUGUCGGCCCAGGAGCAGCGCAAAUUCUCGCGAAGCUUUGACAUCAAGCUACUGGAUCGCAACGACAAUGGACCGCAGCUGCAGGAGCGCGACUCUCAGUUUGACUUUUACCUGGAUCAGCCCUACUUCCAAGCGAACGAGGCGGUGGGCGAGAAAAUCAUCUACGUGGACAAGGACACGCUGGCGGCCAAUCAGAAUCUGGGCUAUGCCAUCCACAACGACACCAACGACUUCCUUCGGCCGGAUUGUCAUGCCUACGAGGCGGAUCACACGGGCAGACCGCACACCAUUGUCAGCUGCCAGCUCCGUUUUUCGCGUAGUGGAGUCCUGCGACAGACGCCCUACUGCUGCGUACUGGAGGCCAGAGAUGUGACCAUGAAAAUGCAGAAUGUUGCCAUGUCGGCCUCGGCUUACGUCUGUCUGCAUGUGGAUCUCACGCAACUGCACAACAGCGACCAGGAGCAUCCACAGGCACUGCCGUUGCGCGGCCGUCAGCAGCGCAUCUUCGAGAGCGCCGGCGACACGUUGCACACGGAUGGAUUCGGUCGAGCCCAUGGCCUUGUGAGCGUGGACUACGAGAAGGAUGUGUUUGUGUAUCGAUCGGCGGCCUCCUUCUACAGGGUGACGCAGCCGGAGAGCUUCCUGGAGCUGAUGCGGGCGCGCACCGUUCGCUUUGACAUUGUCGAGGAUCGGAGCGGUGCCUUUGGCAUCACCCUCAUGUCGGGUAUUGUCUAUGUGAAGCAUCCCCCAGCUCUCGAGCAGGCGCCAGAGACGAUAUAUUUUGUGAAUGUGACGUGGCUGGACCAGGAGCGCCUCUCGCAUGCCUUUGUAAUCAACGUGCAUCUGGUGGAGGGCAGACCAGAGAAUGCCAGCUGCGAGCUGAAGAUCAAGUCGCGUUCGCAAACCUGUGCCCAGGUCAAAUACCAGUCGCAGUGCACCAAGUUCUGCGGCCUGGCCACCAAUGGGGGAGCGUGCAUGUGGCGCGGCACCAGCUCGGCCAUGUUUGGUCGCAACUACGGAUCCUGUGUGCCCCAGGCUCGCUACUGCCCCGAUCAUGUGUGCGAUCCGCUGGAGGAACUCAAUCCGUAUGCCUGUCCGCAGGACUGCACGCCGGCCGCCAGGAUCGUGGGGCCACACACCAGCAAUGAGAACAGGCGGGGCAUCCUCAGUGGCUCGGGUACGUGCAUCUGCGAGGACAACGGCAAGUGCUCCUGUGCCCCGUUGGAUGAGGAGCCCAAGGCGAAGCGUCCGCGCAAGCGGAAGAACGAGACAGACACGGAGCUGACGGCACCCACGGUGGCUGCCACGCCCCUGCAGGAGCGGGAUAAAGAUGCCCUGCAGGACCCCCUUCUCUUGGGGGUGCUUAAUGUGGCUGGGUUCGAAUGCAAUCGAUCCUGCAUGCUGAUCGUCAUCAGUUGCCCGCUGCUGUUUGUACUCCUGCUGCUGUGCCUGCUCCUCACCCAGCGGAAGAUGCUGCACCGUCACCUGGGCAAGCAAUCGAUGACCCCAUCCUCCAAACAGGGCCUGCCCGAGUCCGCCGACGGCGACCUGCCACUGAUGCCGCUGCAGAGCGGCUUCAAGUUCGAGAGCGCCGACACCAAGUGGGAGUUCCCGCGCGGACAACUCGAACUGGACACCGUCCUGGGCGAGGGUGAGUUCGGGCAGGUACUCAAGGGAUAUGCCACAGAGAUUGCCGGUCUCCCGGGCGUCACCACGGUGGCCGUCAAGAUGCUCAAGAAGGGCGCCAAUUCGGUGGAGUACAUGGCUCUGAUUUCGGAGUUUCAGCUGCUGCAGGAGGUAUCGCAUCCCAAUGUCAUCAAGCUACUGGGUGCCUGCACCCAGUCCUCGGAGGCACCGCUUCUGAUCAUCGAGUACGCUCGCCAUGGCUCGCUACGGAGCUAUCUCCGUCUCAGCCGGAAGAUCGAGUGCGCUGGUGUGGAUUUCAGCGAUGGCGUGGAACCGGUCAAUGUCAAAAUGGUGCUCACCUUUGCCUGGCAGAUCUGCAAAGGGAUGGCAUAUCUGACAGAACUCAAGCUGGUUCAUCGUGAUUUGGCGGCACGAAAUGUCCUACUGGCCGAUGGCAAGAUCUGCAAAAUCUCGGAUUUCGGACUGACUCGAGAUGUAUACGAAGAUGAUGCCUAUUUGAAGCGAUCCCGAGAUCGAGUGCCCGUCAAGUGGAUGGCACCCGAGUCUCUGGCAGAUCAUGUGUACACCACCAAAUCGGAUGUGUGGGCCUUUGGCGUACUCUGCUGGGAGUUGAUCACGUUGGGUGCCUCUCCGUACCCGGGCAUAGCUCCACAGAAUCUCUGGUCUCUGCUGAAGACAGGCUAUCGCAUGGAACGGCCUGAUAACUGCUCUGAGGAUGUGUACUCCAUUUUGCGCACCUGCUGGACGGAUGAGGCGAAUGCACGGCCCUCGUUCAAAUUCCUGGCAGCCGAAUUCGAGAAAUUGCUGGGCAACAAUGCCAAAUAUAUAGAGAUGGAAACCAAUGCCGUAUCCAAUCCGAUGUACUGCGGCGACGAGGCAGCCCUGAUGCCUGAGGACUGCCCGGGCGAACCAGACUCCCUGCAGCAUCUGUGGUCGCCGCCAAAGAUUACCUACGAUGUCCAGGAUCUGGCCAACAGUCGCGACCAGUCCGUGAUCGAGAUGCAGGCGGCAGCCGCGCCACCACCCGGCUAUGAUCUACCGCGUCCCCUGAUCGACACCAGCACCACCGAGCAGGUGCUGCGGUAUGAGAACGAUCUACGUUUUCCGCUCAACAUACGCAAAUCCAGCUGUGCACCGAGCUACAGCAACAUGACAAGCGGCGGCUCGCCAGCCACCGCACUGCCACACUACGCGGUGCCCGUGAAGAGGGGACGAUCGUAUCUGGACAUGACCAACCAUAGCCUCAUACCUGACAAUCUGGACAACCGAGACUUUGAGAAGCAUCUCUCCAAGACGAUUUCAUUCCGUUUCUCCAGCUUGCUAAAUCUCAAAGAGUGUGUGGAGACGCCCGCCCAAGGACAGCAGGCCGAGGAUGCCGUCUAGAAGGGGUCUGAUCUUCCCCUAUCCGUAUCUGUGUAUAUUUUCACAUUCCCAUGAGUUCUGAAUAUGUUUCUUGUCUUGUCUGCGCCUGUCUCUCAGUUCAAAUUGUUUGUUAAAUAGUUUUAGUUUUACUUUUAGUCGCGUAGCUUUAUUCUGAUGCCAAAAAAAAAACAACAAUUGAACAGGAAUCGAAUUCGUUUUCGAAUACUCCCAAAUGCAUUUAAAGGAGCAGCCUAAGAUGGCUUAAUUCUAUUGAAAUUAAGGGUAAAAAGAACCCUCUGUCCUGUCUUGAACAAACACACAAAAUAUCAUUUAAUCUCUGCCUAAACUAUGCCAAUGAAAUCUACAUACGCUUCUUGCUGCAAACCAAAAAAGCGCUCGAUUAGUUGUAAGAUAAUAUUUUAAUCCAUUUUGUACAAACUCUAUAAUAGCUUAAGAUUAUAUUUAUUCUGGGAGUGAUACAAAAGUGUCUUCGAAAUGAAAGAUUAUUCAAAAGACAAGAGAAGGAAAGUUUCUUCAUAUAAAAUUUCUUUAAGGCAAUGGUGAGCACGUCCUUGCUUCGCGAUGCACAAGCGAAAAGCGCAAAAGAGAAUGCUUGAGAAUGGAAAAAAAUACACAAAGGGAGCUUAAGGACUCUUUUUAUUUUGCAAUGCUGUUGGACUGCUCUCAAAUUUAUAACCGCUGUGUACAGGUGUGUAAGGUGUGUACACUUUUUCUAACAUAAGCUAUGACAUCUGAUAAGUUCCAGGGUCAAGUUAUUCAAAGAGUUUUCCAAUUGAAGCCGAAGCACAGCUUAUGAAGGGGGGUCUUAGCCAUCGAGUCAUAAUAUUAAAAAAAACAUUAUAUUUAUUUAAGUCACUUACAAAUCAUAGAACCAUACCAUUAAUGACAAUUAUGGGUACGCCUGGUACUGCUAGAGAAUGCCCAAAUAUUCCCGCACCUCCCCAAACAAAUCUCACACAUUCGCAUUUAAAUAUUUAGGUAUUGGAACAUUUGUACUUAUUUAUCUACGAAUCAUUUAAGCCGUUCAUUUUUGUAACUAGUGGGACUGUAAAUAAUUAUAAUAAAAAUCUUAACUAAUAUUU